AUGGAAGCAGUGAAGCAAGGUUCUGCUGCAAUUGGCCUUCGAUCUAAGACCCAUGUGGUAUUGGGUUGUGUUAACAAAGCCCAAUCUGAACUUUCCUCUCAUCAGCGUAAGAUCUUCAAGGUUGAUGACCAUAUUGGUGUGGCUAUUGUUGGUCUUACUGCUGAUGGUCGUGUUCUCUCAAGAUAUAUGAGAUCCGAAUGCAUCAACUAUUCCUUCACUUACGAGUCUUCUCUCCCUGUUGGAUGCAUUGUUGUUCAACUUGCUGAUAAGGCCCGGGUCUCCCUUCUCACUUUUCUUGAUAAUCAUCUUCCAAUUUCUUCGCUCUUUUCUUGGGCAUAUUCAUGUGACUCUUAG